CCCUUUGGAGGGGUACUUUCUCGCUGGUACCCCGCGAUGUGGGGAGUGACCACCUUAUCCUGGCGUACCGGAGCUUUGCCGGAUUCUAGCUAGAAGACAGGCCAGGGUGGGGAGAGCUGCCACUUUGUCUACUUGGAGUUGGCGACAGCUUGAGCUUGGGCUUCUGCUUCUCCUCCAAGCCAUUGCGUGUCGCCCUUCCAAUUCGCCCUGCCUUUUGCCCGCGAUGCAGCACCCACAGUCGUUGGCGCUCUUGGGUGCCGUGUGCUCCUUCACGGUGGCUGCUGCUGGCAGCGUGCCACGUGGAGUUGGCCCCGAGUUCGCCUCCUACUACCAGAAUAACGAUGUAUUUGCUUGCAUCGCCAAUCCCUCCAUCAAAAUCAGCCUGGAUCGUGUCAACGACGGCUCGUGCGACUGUCCGGAUGGCUCAGACGAACCCGGCACCGCUGCCUGUGCCUUCAUCGACCAUCUUUCCCCUGAACAGCCCCUGAUUGGCAGCCCAACGGGGACUACAAAUGCCACUCUGUCCUUGCCUGGAUUUUGGUGUGCCAACAAGGGCCACCUUCCGGCCUACAUUCCGUUUUCCUACGUCAAUGAUGGCAUCUGUGAUUACGACGUCUGCUGCGACGGAUCAGACGAGUACAGGCAUGCCAAUGGCGUCAAGUGCGCCGACCGCUGUGCGGAGAUUGGCAAAGAAUACCGAAAGCUCGCCGAGGCGAGGAGAAAAAGCGCUGAAAAGGCCAGCGUGAUAAAGCAGCAAAUGCUCAAAGAGGCAAAGGAGCUCCGUCAGGAGGUCGAGCGUCGCAUUACGAUACUGGAGCAGGAUAAACGAAACAUUGAGGCUAGAAAGGCAGAUCUCGAACAAAAGUACGCCGAAGCCUUGAAGGAGGACAGCAACAGGGUUGUUAAGAAAGAAGGCGCUGGCGGCAAGCUUGGUGUCCUGGUUGGCCUUGCCAAGGACAGGGUCGAAGAGCUGCGAGAGGCUCUCAGACUGGUUACGGAAGAUCGCGAAGCCUUGCGUGCCAAGAAGAUUGAGCUCGAGGCCAUUCUCAAGCAGUUCAAGGAGGAUUACAACCCCAACUUCAACGACGAGGGAGUCAAGGCUGCCGUUAGGUCAUGGGACGAUUACGCGGCCCGUGAAGCUGAGUCCGACCAGGCCGAGUUCCAUGAGUCUGACAUCAACGAAAUCCUUCAGGAGGAUGACGAGACCAAUGGAGUAAACUGGAAAGCAUUUGAUGAGUAUGGCGAGGACACCGACGUCCUUUACAACUUUGAUGCUUACCUCCCUCCAUUUAUCCGCAAUGUGCUUCAAGAGAAACUCAAGUCUCUUCGCAAAUGGCUUGUCGCAAAUGGCCUGAUUGCCGCUGCUCCCAGCGAUGGAUCAGAGUCAAAAGAAGUCAGGACUGCCCGAGAGUACGCCGAAGCAGCUGACGUGGAUCUCAGAAACAAGAUUAGAGAUCUUGAGGCCGACCAGUCAGAUCUCCAGAAGGACUAUGGCCCAUCCGACAUUUUCCGUGCCAUCAAGGGCAAGUGCGCUGAGAUUGAUUCUGGCGAAUACACUUAUGAAAUCUGCUGGCUGGACAAGACGAUGCAGAAAUCCAAAAAGGGCCACGGAUCCACCAACAUGGGCAACUUUGAUAGGAUCGAUAUCGAAAUGGCAGACGACGACGAGAGGGUGGAUGGUAAGAGCCUUGGCAGUGGUCCUAGGAUGGUGAUGCGGUACAACAACGGCCAGACUUGCUGGAACGGCCCCCAACGACGAACCGACGUCUGGCUCGGGUGCGCGGAGAAGGAAGAAGUCUGGAGAGUGACCGAGGCCGAGAAGUGUGUCUACAAGAUGGAGGUAGGAACACCAGCCGCCUGUGAGUAUGAGGGGGACGCGAUAAACUCGCACAAGAAGGAUGAACUGUAAAUGGGCAGUAGAGCGAUGACAGCCAAAGUGUUGUAAGAUGGAGACGGGAUAAUGCCGUUUCAUACAAUCAUGAACGGCAGGUGGCGACUAUUACGGAGAAUACGACAUUAGAGGGCACGGAUAAAGUCAAAUGAUAAUUGGAUUGGUUAUGAUGCUGACGACGGCGACGGCGACGAUGAUGACUGUUGCCUUGAUGUUUGAGUGAACUGGGGUCGAAGCUUUUUCUAUAUCCAGCAUUUGCUAAAAACAGACGUGUGAAAAUGAGAAACGUGGUUGCGGAUCACGGCAGCCAUGUUCCCACAACUAACUUUUUGCGGCUGAAAGCUCAACGACUAAAGCCAUGCCAAACAGACAAAGCACGCACGCACCACGUUUCCACGGCCCACGGCCCCCUUUUGAGCACGGAAAUAGGUACAUCUAAAAACUGGAUCCUCUUCAGAUCGCAUCUCCGAUCCUGCUACCCAACAAAUAGCCGUAAGACAAACUGGCUCAGUCUCUGCCGAGUGGCGCGAGAUAUUACUCCAUUCGCCAAAAUCUUCCCGAUCACAUACCAGGACAAGGGCCAGGAUCCGGACAAGGACGGGACGGGACUGACAAUGGAGUGGAGAUGUGCGGAAAUGUCUCUGGAC